UGCGUGGUGAGGGAGCUCUGCAAGAUCCUGUGUGUCAGACCGCUGACCCCGGUGGGUCCCUGAGCUCGUGUCCUGGUCCCCAGCAGCCCAGCUGGAAGCCAGGGCCUUGCUCAUGUUCCUCCCUGAUGGGGCGGGUGGUUCCCCCGGGCGGGGUCUCUGGGCAGGAGCAGCCCCGGCCCUGCACAGCCUGGGAUGUGUGGGUUUUGGGUUUGCCUUGCAGGACGGCGGUGAAUGCUCAGUCAGGGGUCUGCACCCCCGCGGGGGGGCUCGUCACAGGUGCCCUGGUCCUGCUGUCCCUGGCGUACUUCACCUCUCUCUUCUAUUACAUCCCCAAAGCGGCGCUGGCCGCUGUCAUCAUCUCGGCCGUGGUGCCCAUGUUCGACGCUGGCAUCUUCCGCACGCUCUGGCGGGUUAAGAGGCUGGACCUUGUGCCCCUCUGUGUGACAUUCCUGCUCUGCUUCUGGGAGGUUCAGUAUGGAAUCGUGGCUGGGGUGCUGGUUUCUGGGAUUCUCCUGCUCUACUCCCUUGCCAGGCCCCCAAUAAAGGUGUCGGAGGGGACGGUGCUGCUGGUCCAGCCGGGGAGCAGCCUGCACUUCCCAGCCGUGGAGCACCUGCGGGACUCGGUGUGCAGCCGUGCUCUGGCAGCAGCAUCUCCACCACGCUCCGUCAUCCUGGACUGUUGCCACAUCAGCAGCGUUGAUUACACGGUGGUGGUGGGGCUGGCAGAGCUGCUGCAGGAGCUGCGCAGGCACGGCCUCUCGCUGGCCUUCUGUGGCCUGAAGGACCCUGUUCUCCGAGUCCUCCUGUCUGCAGACUUAGAAGGAUUCCAGCAUUUCCCCAGCUGGGAGGAGGCAGAGCGGAGCUGGGGAGCGGAGCUGGGGGGCAGCAGGGCAGAGCCCUUCACCAGCACUGCCGAGAGCACCGGGCUCAUCCAGUGACUCCAGCUUGGGCUGAACGUGCUGGGACACCCCAGGGACACCGACAACACUGUGGGAGCCACCUGCCCCAGCCAGGCCUCCUGGACACCGAGAGCAGCGCCAGCCCAGCCCCACACGGGCUGGGGGACAAAACUGUUCUUGUCACAGUGGCCAGCGCAAAGCCCUCCUUCCUCCAGGGAGCUGCUGCUGUUUUUUAAAGAACUGUUUUAAUUCUGGACCUUUUUCAUGCUCUGGGCCGCUCCAGUGAUGCCUCAGGGCGUGCUUUCGUCAAGGUUAUUUCAGGGCUGCUCGUGGUGCCCUCCAUGCAGACAUGGGGGCUCAGCCUCCGGCUGCUGGGAGAGGGAAAACAUCUGGGAUUGUGCUCCCGACUGAUUUUUAUCCUUACUAACUCUUAUCUUUUUUAUCCAUGUCUGUGGGGUGUUGUGCCAAACCCUGUCCAGGCUCGGGGCUGGGCUGUCACCCUGGGGUGCAGCCCCUGGCCUGGGCCCUGCCGAGGGGACAGGCACGGUGGCACCGGGCUGUGCCCAGCUGUGCCAUGGGGCCAGCACCUGCCGGGCAAUUCAGCUCCCCUGAACAGCCCUCGGGUGAUGGCGAGGGCGUAAUAAAUGAGAAAUUGCUAAUGA